UAGUUGUCAAACCCAACUGCUGUUACAUGGGGAACUUAAAAAAUGUUAGAUUCCUGGCCAUGCUACACCUGUACUGAGUUCCCAGGAGAGGGAUCCAGAAGGCGGCUUUUUAAAAAGUUCCCCGGAUAAUCCUCAUUCAGCCAUUCCAGCGCAGCCCUCGGAGCAGCUUUGAAGUCCCACUUCAGCGCAGGUGGAAUAGCCAUUUGUUGGGGAUGAUGCAUAGGACACCCUUCCAUGCUGUGGGACAUUCGUCUUAAAGAGGGGUUCCUGGUAGUAGUGGUAGAAGCAAGGAAGGGAGCGUAUCAUUAAAGAGGUUUUGAUCAACAAAACACUUAGUUAAAACAGAACACUUCAUGAGUGAAAAUUCAGUUUGAAAACAUAUGGCACAUCCCCUUUUGUCAUUGUUUUAAUUCCAUUAUUCUUGCUUCUUUCUAGGCAAUUUCUAUAAGUUAUAUGGAAGCAGGGAACCAAACAGCUAUUUCAAAAUUCACCCUUCUGGGACUUUCAGAUGAUAUGGACCUGCAGCCUCUCCUCUUUGGGCUGUUCCUCUACGUGUACCUGAUGUGUGUUAUAGGGAACCUGCUCAUCAUCCUAGCUAUCAUCUCUGACUCCCACCUUCACAAUCCCAUGUACUUCUUCCUCUCCAACUUGUCCUUCACUGACAUCUGUUUCAGCUCCACCACCAUCCCCAAGAUGUUAGUGAACAUCCAGACAAAGAGCAAAGUCAUCACGUAUGAAGGCUGUCUCACUCAGAUGUAUUUUUUCAUGAUUUUUGCUGGCUUAGAUAAUUUGCUGCUGACCGUGAUGGCCUAUGACCGGUUUGUGGCCAUCUGUCACCCCUUGCACUACACAGUCAUCAUGAACCCCCGCCUUUGUGGUCUCCUACUUCUGCUUUCUUGGUUAAUCUGCCUGACAUAUUCUUUGUUGCAAAGUUUGAUGGUUUUGAGGGUGUCCUUCUGCAAAGAGACAGAAAUCCCCCACUUCUUCUGUGAACUUACUCAGAUCCUCAAGCUUGCCUGCUCUGACACCCUUGUCAACCACAUCGUGCUAUAUUUUGUAACUGGCCUGCUGGGUGUUAUUCCCCUGACUGGGAUCCUUUUUUCUUAUUCUAGAAUUAUCUCCUCCAUAAUGGGAAUUCCAUCUACUGGGGGGAAGUAUAAAGCCUUUUCCACCUGUGGGUCUCACCUCUCAGUCGUCUCCUUGUUCUAUGGUGCGGGUCUUGGGGUCUACCUCACUUCUGGAACAGCCCACCCCUCCAGAAAGGGCUCAAUAGCCUCGGUGAUGUACACAGUGGUCACCCCCAUGCUGAAUCCCUUCAUCUACAGUCUGAGAAACAGGGACAUGAAUGGGUCUCUGAGUAGACUUUUCAGCAGAGGAGUGUACUCUCAGUGAGAUCACGGAAGUUAAGGACAGACAACAGAGAUCCAAAAUGCUGUUAACUAGUGUUCCUGAAUAUGUAAUCUGAAGACAUAGAAAAGAUAUACUAUUCAUGAUAUACUAGAAGACAUUCCUGAACUGAAGACUAAUGUGAAGCAGCACACCAAAAGGCUCACCAUCUACUAAGGAGAAAGAAUGGCCAACCAAUAACUAAAC